ACACUGUCAUGGCGGAGUCUAGCAGAAGCAGGAUGUGAAUUAUGAAGAGAUGACGCUGAGUGUGGGUUAAGCAGAAAUUCAAAUAAGUGAAGGGGCACAUAGACAGCGGUGAGCGAUCGCUGGCUGUCUGUCAAGCACUGCAAAGGUGCUGUCGGACUUUUGCUUCGGACUGUCCUUUGUUUCGGACUUUUCCACCUUGCUAUCUUAGCGAGCUGGAUAGACGGUGCGCUUAUUUUACCUGUCAGAUCGGAGCAAGCGAGCUAGCUGGUAUACUAGGAAGCCAGCUACGAGUGGCAGCGGUUCGAAAGAGGGGGAAAGUCACAGUUUUCGCUGUUUCAUUUUUGGCAGGGAAAAAACAUUCCCUCCAAGAAGAUCGGCUGGAUUAGUGGGUCGGUUUUGCGGGAGCUGACCACCCAGUUAUCUAAGGAUUUUCAUUUAAACAAGUUUGAUGCAUACUAGUAGGAGGCGUAGCUACAGUUAGCUGGGUCUGAGCAGAGGUGACUGAAUAAAGUAGCUAGCUAGUUAGGUAGCUAGCGCGCUUACUCCCAUGCCGCCGCGUCAGGCAGGAAAGAGAGUCUAGCUAGCUGCUGUACUCCUACCACAAUGGUGGAGCUACAGUAGCUAGUCCGCAAGCCAAAGAGCCAAAAAUAAGAAUUAGGACUUUUUUGGAUUGUGGUUCUGUGCUUUUCAAUUUAUUUUGUGCGUAUUUGCAGAAGAUAUCCGUCAUUUCCCCACCGACUCUCCAGUUACACGUCCUCGGUUUCACAAGUGCCUUACAGGUGUGGACGCCACCUCGUCUCUCAGUUUUGCGAUGGCCAGCGAGGGGACACCGGCUCCUGGACUACCUGCAGGUGAUGGGGCUGAGAAAGAAGAGGCGGCGGCUGCGUUGCCCCUGAACCCAGGAAUUCCGAUCCGAGGGAUUAGGAUGAAAUUUGCCGUGCUUGGUGGUCUGGUGGAAGUUGGGGAAGUUUCUAACAGGGACAUUGUGGAGACAGUGUUCAAUCUGCUGGUGGGCGGCCAGUUCGACCUGGAGAUGAACUUCAUCAUCCAGGAGGCGGACAGCGUCACCUGCAUGGUGGAGCUGCUGGACCGCUGCGAGCCCACCUGCCAGGCGGAGGUGUGGAGCAUCUUCAGCGCCAUCCUGAAGAAGAGCAUCCGCAACCUGCAGGCCUGCACCGAGACGGGCCUGAUCGAGCAGGUCCUGACCCGCAUCGACAGUACCGACAGCAUGAUCGCCGACCUGCUGGUUGACAUGCUGGGAGUGCUGGCGCGAUACAGCAUAACCGUCAAGGAGCUGAAGCUGUUCUUUAGCAAACUCCAAGGAGAGAAAGGCCGCUGGCCUCCUCAUGCUGUGAAGCUGCUGUCCGUGCUGAAGUGCAUGCCGCACAGAAACGGUCCUGACUCCUUCUUCAGCUUCCCAGGGAAGAGUGCUGCGGCCAUUGCUCUGCCUCCCAUUGCGAAGUGGCCUUACCAGAAUGGCUUCACCUUCCACACCUGGCUGCGAAUGGAUCCAAUCAACAACAUCAACGUCGACAAGGACAAGCCUUACCUGUACUGUUUCCGCACCAGUAAAGGCCUGGGGUACUCCACACACUUCGUCGGAGGCUGUUUGAUUGUGACCUCCUUAAAGUCCAAAGGAAAGGGGUUCCAGCACUGCGUCAAGUACGACUUCAAACCACAGAAGUGGUACAUGGUGACGAUAGUGCACGUGUACAACCGCUGGAAGAACAGCGAGAUCAGCUGCUACGUGAACGGGGAGCUGGCGUCGUACGGGGACAUCACCUGGCUCGUCAACACCAGUGAUACUUUUGAUAAGUGUUUCCUGGGGUCCUCUGAGACGGCGGACGCUAACCGGGUGUUCUGCGGCCAGAUGGGGGCGGUGUACCUGUUCAGCGAAGCCCUCAGCGCCGCCCAGAUCCUGGCUAUUUACCAGCUGGGGCCUGGAUACAAGGGCACCUUCAAAUACAAGGCGGAGAGUGACCUCCUGUUCGCCGAGCACCACAAGACCCUCCUGUACGACGGCAAACUGUCCAACAGCAUUGCCUUCACCUACAACCCUCGCGCCACCGACGCCCAGCUCUGCCUGGAGUCCUCGCCCAAGGACAACGCCUCCAUAUUCGUCCACUCGCCCCACGCCCUCAUGCUGCAGGAUGUCAAGGCGGUGGUGACGCAUUCCGUCCAGAGCGCCAUACACUCCAUCGGAGGCGUGCAGGUGCUCUUCCCCCUCUUCGCCCAGCUGGACUACCUGCAGCCCUCCAGCCACGAGCUGGACACCUCCGUCUGCUGCACGCUGCUGUCCUUCGUGAUGGAGCUGCUGAAGAACUCCGUGGCUAUGCAAGAGCAGAUCCUGGCCUGCAAGGGCUUCCUGGUGAUUGGGUACACUCUGGAGAAGUCUUCCAAAGUCCAUGUGACCCGGCCCGUGCUGGACAUCUUCCUGGCCUUCGCCCGCUACCUGAGCAACCUGCACAAUGGCGUCCUGCUGCUGAAACAGCUGUGCGACCACAUCCUGUUCAACCCCAACAUCUGGAUCCACGCCCCGGCCAAGGUGCAGCUGGCGCUCUACACCUACCUGGCGACGGAGUUCAUCAGCACGGCCACCAUCUACAACGCCAUCCGCCGGGUGGGCACCGUGCUGCAGAUCAUGCACACGCUCAAGUACUUCUACUGGGUGGUGAACCCGCAGGACCGCAGCGGGGUGACGCCCAAGGGGCUCGACGGCCCCAGGCCCAAUCAGAAGGAGAUCCUGUCCCUGAGGGCCUUCCUGCUACUGUUCGUCAAACAGCUGAUCAUGAAGGACCAUGGAGUGAAGGAAGAUGAGCUGCAAAGUAUUCUGAACUAUCUCCUCACGAUGCACGAGGAUGAUAACUUGAUGGACGUGCUGCAGCUCCUGGUGGCCCUGAUGUCUGAGCACCCGGGGUCUAUGGUCCCGGCCUUCGACCAGCGCAACGGGAUACGAGUCAUCUAUAAGCUGCUUGCAUCUAAAAGUGAAGGGAUUCGGGUGCAGGCUCUCAAAGUCCUGGGCUACUUCCUGAAGUAUUUGGCGCCUAAGAGGAAGUCAGAGGUCAUGCUGACCCAUGGUCUCUUCUCCUUGCUCUCUGAGCGCCUCAUGCUUCAGACCAACCAUGUCACCAUGACCACCUACAACGUCCUGUUCGAGAUCCUCACAGAGCAGAUCUGUACACAGGUCAUUCACAAGCAGCACCCAGACCCAGACUCCAGCGUCAAGAUCCUCAACCCACAGAUCCUGAAGGUGAUCGCGGCCCUGCUGAAGAACUCGCCCCAGAGCCCCGAGAGCAUGGAGGUGCGGCGGGUCUUCCUGUCAGACAUGAUCAAGCUGUUCAAUAACAGCCGAGAGAACCGGCGGAGUCUGCUGCAGUGCUCCGUGUGGCAGGAGUGGAUGCUGUCCCUGUGCUUCAUCAACCCGCGGAGCAGCGAGGAGCAGAAGAUCACAGAGAUGGUGUACGCCAUCUUCCGCAUCCUCCUCUACCACGCCAUCAAGUACGAGUGGGGCGGCUGGCGCGUGUGGGUGGACACGCUCUCCAUCACGCACUCCAAGGUGUCGUUCGAGCAGCACAAGGAGAACCUGGCGCGUAUGUUCCGGGAGUACCAAAGGCUGGGGUCGGACGGACAGGGCCGGAUCAGGACCGUGUCCGGGGCCAGCAGCGACGCUGAGGCGCUGGCUCGCGCCAACAACGAUCGCGGCGCCCUCCGGGCCGUGGAGGAGGCGGCUCCGGCGACCGUGAUCGAGCCGACCGCGGAGGACCGCGCCGACGCAGCCGACCACACGAGGGCGGAAGCAGCGGUCACAGUGUCGGACAUCCUCAGCAGGGCUGCCGAGGAGGAGACACCAGCCCAGGCAGAAGGCGGGUCCGGGGCCCACGAAGAGGCGGGAGAGGCCCGGGUCUCGACCUUGGCUUGUGAGAAACCUGCGGAAGACAUCGCCGCUGACGAGCCUGCAGAGGGAGGGGAGUCCGAAAGCAAGCAGGAAGCCGCAGCUGAGGUCGAGAAAGAGGAGCCCGCGGUGGAAAAGGCCGAAAGUGCAGAUGGCAAGGAGGAGGAAGCUGAGGCCGAGAAGGUGGAAUCUCUGGUCAAUGGCGAGACUGAAGAAGCAAGCCCUGUGGUGGAGCUUGCUGCAGGAGAUGAUGGUGAAAAGGCUGGGUCGUCUGAGAUGGAGGGGGACCAGGUCGUUGAAGCUGCGGCAGACCCGUCCGCCAGCGUGGAGGCCAGUGAAGUCGUCAGUGAAGAAGACCUGAGGGACGGCUCCUCUCAGCACAAGGGCAGUGACGACAGCUUGGAGGACGUCUCCUUCGUGUCUGCCGCUGCCACCAUCGGUGGGGACGAGGACGAGGAGAGUGAGGUCACCGCACAGAAGGCUGAGGAUGAAGAAGCAACACUCAAUACAGAGGAGAGCAGCGUGAAGACGGAGCCAGUGGCUGAGGAGGCAGGGGUGGAGGGGGCUGCUGGGACGGAACCUGCCAGCGCUAAAGGAGUGGAACUGGCCACUGAGAGAGAAGAACCCCCCAGUAACGAGGCAGUGGAACAGCCUGCGGAAAUGGCAAACCCCCCCAGUUCUGAGGGAGUGGAACAGCCUGCUGAGAUUGCUGAUCCUCCUAUCUCUGGGGUUGAGGAACAGGCCGCUGCAACUGUGGAACCCCCCAGCACUGAGGGAGUGGAACAGGCCGCCGAGACUGUGGAACCCCCCAGCACUGAGGGAGUGGAACAGGCUGCAGAGACUGUGGAAACCCCCAGCACUGAGGGAGUGGAACAGGCUGCAGAGACUGUGGAACCCCCCAGCACUGAGGGAGUGGAACAGGCUGCAGAGACUGUGGAAACCCCCAGCACUGAGGGAGUGGAACAGGCUGCAGAGACUGUGGAACCCCCCAGCACUGAGGGAGUGGAACAGGCUGCAGAGACUGUGGAAACCCCCACUGUUGAGGCAGUGGAACAGGCUAUUGAGAAAACGGAAACCCCCAGCACUGAAACAGUGGAACAGGCCCCUGAGAACUCAGAACCCCCCGCCUCUGAGGGAGUGGAACAGGCCACAGUGAGCUCAGACCCCCCCACCUCUGAGGGAGUGGAACAGGCCACAGAGAGUGCGGAUCGCCCCGGUAAUGAGCAGGUGGGAGCCAGCGGAGAGGCUGAGAAGGACACCGAAGAGAGCAACAGCAGGACUGUCCCCAAGACCAAUGAGGUCAAAAUCGCCCGACUGGACGUGUCCAGUGUGGCCUCGGACACAGAGAGGCUGAAACUGAAGGAGCAGUCGUCAGCGGACGCCGGCGGCGGGCAGCCAGCGGUGACGCCGGCCCCCGCCGCCGCCCCGGCGCCAGAGGGCACCUCCUCCUCCUCCUCCACCACGGGGCGCUCCACCACCUUCCGCAUCCCAGAGUACCGCUGGUCCCACAUGCACCAGCGCCUGCUCACCGACCUGCUCUUCUCCAUCGAGACGGACGUGCAGAUGUGGAGGAGCCACUCCACCAAGACGGUGAUGGACUUCGUCAACAGCAGCGAGAACGUCAUCUUCGUGCACAACACCGUCCACCUGCUGUCCCAGGUGGUGGACAACAUCAUCAUGGCCUGCGGGGGGAUCCUGCCGCUGCUCUCUGCCGCCACCUCCUCCUCACACGAGCUGGAGAGCAUCGAGCCGUCGCAGGGCCUGACGGUGGAGGCCUCAGUCACCUUCCUGCAGAGGCUCAUCAGCCUGGCCGACGUGCUGAUCUUCGCCAGCUCGCUGAGCUUCACCGAGAUUGAGGCCGAGAAGAACAUGUCCUCGGGGGGCAUCCUGAGACAGUGCCUCCGCCUGGUGUGCGCCAUGGCCGUGCGAAACUGCCUGGAGUGUCAGCAGCACUCCAGCCACAAGGGCGGCGCCGACAACACCCGGGGACACAAAGCUAUGCAAAGCCUUAUGGGAACUGGGAAGUCUGGCCCUGCACAGAGUCCUGUGGACAUGGUGACAGGGGGAGUGUCUCCGAUCAGGGACAUGGACCGGCUCUUGCAGGACAUGGAUAUCAACCGGCUGCGUGCCGUGGUCUUCAGAGACAUCGAGGACAGCAAGCAGGCGCAGUUCCUGGCCCUGGCCGUCGUCUACUUCAUCUCCGUCCUGAUGGUGUCCAAGUACCGGGACAUCCUGGAGCCCCACAACGACAGGGGCCGCGUGCGGCGCUCGCAGUCUGUGAGGAGUGGAGAAGGGGGAAGAGGUGGGGGUGGGGACGGCGCGCAGGACCCGGACAGCACGUUGUCCCUCAGGAGGCGGGACUCGGGGAUCGGGGACGAGCAGGCGUCCGUGGCCGCGAGCGAGGCGGAGUACGGGCCCGGGGGCGCGUCGGGGCCGGACGCCAUCAGUGAGGCGCUGUCCACCCUGUCCUCCGAGGUGAAGAAGAGCCAGGAGCCCGCGGAGAAGGACGGCAAGGCCUCGUCCUCCUCCUCUUCUUCUUCCUCCUCCUCCUCGCAGGGGAAGAACGUGAACGUGAAGGACAUCCUGCGAAGCCUCGUCAGCGCGCCGGCUGAUGACAUCAUGGUGGACCCCAGCCUCCUCCCGCCCGCCUUCCUGGGGGCCGUGGGCGACGCCGCCAAGGACCAGUCAGUGCAGUUCCGCUCCUUUGACAGGAGUGUUGUGGUCGCGCCUAAGAAAGCCGGAGCGGCUCCGGCCGCGGGGCCUGGCGCGGCGUCCGCUGCCACGCCCGCCCCCGCCGCCACGGGCGCCGCACCGGGAGGGACCCCCGCCAACAAUGUGGCCGUGGUGUCGUCGGGAGAACCCGCCCACAGCGCGAAUGUGGAGACCGCUGCAGGAGGAGGCGCCGGUGCAAGUGCAAACCUGCCUGCUGUUCCCACGGUGACCCCACUGGCCCAGGACUCCGCAUCCAGCAUGAGCAUCUCUGAGAGGCUGGAGCACGCCCUGGAGAAGGCCGCCCCCCUGCUGAGGGAGAUAUUCGUGGACUUCGCCCCCUUCCUGUCCCGGACGCUCCUGGGCAGCCACGGGCAGGAGCUGCUCAUCGAGGGCACGAGUCUGGUGUGCAUGAAGUCCAGCAGCUCUGUGGUGGAGCUGGUGAUGCUGCUGUGCUCACAGGAGUGGCAGAACUCCAUCCAGAAGAACGCCGGCCUGGCCUUCAUCGAGCUCGUCAACGAGGGGAGGCUGCUGAGCCACACCAUGAAGGAUCACCUGGUCAGAGUGGCCAACGAGGCGGAGUUCAUCCUGAGCAGACAGCGGGCCGAGGACAUCCACAAGCACGCCGAGUUCGAGUCCCAAUGCGCCCAGUACGCGGCUGAGAAGCGCGACGAGGAGAAGAUGUGCGAUCACCUGAUCCGAGCCGCCAAGUACAGGGACCACGUGACGGCCACCCAGCUCAUCCAGAAGAUCAUCAACAUCCUGACGGACAAGCACGGCGCCUGGGGCAGCUCCGCCCUCAGCCGACCCCGCGAGUUCUGGCGCCUGGACUACUGGGAGGACGACCUGCGGCGGCGGCGCCGCUUCGUGCGCAACCCCUUCGGAUCCUCGCACUCGGAGGCCACGCUCAAAGCGGCGGCGGAAAACGCUCCAGAGGAAGACGUUCUGAAAGGCAAACAGUCCAUCAGAAGUCAAGCUUUGGGAAAUCAAAACUCGGAAAGCGAGAUAUCGUUGGACGGGGAGGAUGAUACCCUAUCAUCGCUAGAGGAAAAAGAACUGGAAAACUUAACAGGGCCAGUGAACCUGAGCACGGGGGCUCAGCUGGUUGCCCCCGCGGUCGUGGUGAAAGGCACGUUGUCCAUCACAGCCUCCGAGCUCUACUUCGAGGUGGAUGAAGAAGAACCAAGCUUUAAGAAAAUCGAUCCAAAGAUUCUGGCCUACACAGAGGGCCUGCACGGAAAAUGGCUCUUCACGGAGAUCCGGGCUGUCUUCUCCAGACGCUACCUGCUGCAGAACACCGCCCUGGAGAUCUUCAUGGCCAACAGGACUGCUGUCAUGUUCAACUUCCCAGACCAGGCCACCGUGAAGAAGGUUGUCCACAGCCUACCCCGUGUGGGUGUGGGCACCAACUUUGGACUCCCGCAGACCAGGCGCAUCUCGCUGGCCAGUCCCAAGCAGCUGUACAAGGCCUCCAACAUGACCCAGCGCUGGCAGCGCAGGGAGAUCUCCAACUUCGAGUACCUCAUGUUCCUCAACACCAUCUCCGGCCGGACCUACAACGACUUGAAUCAGUAUCCCGUGUUCCCCUGGGUCAUCACCAAUUACGAAAGCGAGGAGCUGGACCUGACGCUGCCCAGCAACUACAGGGACCUGUCCAAGCCCAUCGGUGCUCUGAACCCCAAGAGGGCAGCCUUCUUCUCGGAGCGCUACGACACCUGGGAGGAUGACCAGGUCCCCAAGUUCCACUACGGGACCCACUACUCCACCUCCAGCUUCACGCAGAUGUGGCUGAUCAGGAUCGAACCCUUCACCACCUUCUUCCUGAACCUCCAAGGAGGGAAGUUUGAUCAUGCAGACAGAACCUUCUCCUCAGUGUCCCGGGCCUGGAGGAACUGCCAGAGAGACACGUCCGAUGUCAAGGAGCUGAUCCCAGAGUUUUUCUACCUCCCUGAGAUGUUCAUCAACGCCAACAACUACAACCUGGGAGUGAUGGAUGAUGGGACGGUGGUGUCCGACGUGGAGCUCCCUCCGUGGGCUAAGACCCCAGAGGAGUUUGUGCGCAUCAACAGACAGGCCCUGGAGAGCGAGUUUGUGUCCUGCCAGCUGCACCAGUGGAUCGACCUCAUCUUCGGCUACAAGCAGCAGGGACCCGAGGCCAGCCGGGCCCUCAACGUCUUCUACUACCUGACCUACGAGGGCGCGGUCAACCUCAGCUCCAUCACCGACCCCAUGCUGAGAGAGGCCGUGGAGGCUCAGAUCCGGAGCUUCGGACAGACACCCUGCCAGCUGCUGAUCGAACCCCACCCCCCGAGGAGCUCCGCUAUGCAGGUGACGCCGCUGAUGUUCACCGAGCAGAUGCAGCAGGACGUCAUCAUGGUGCUCAAGUUCCCGUCCAACUCGCCAGUGGCCCACGUGGCUGCCAACACGCAGCCCGGCCUGUCCACACCCGCCAUCAUCACUGUCACCGCCAACCGCCUCUUCGCAGUCAACCGGUGGCACGGCCUGGCAGGUCAUCAAGCCUCCUCGGUCCAGGACCAGCAGUACCAGCUGCCCGUGGAAAUCGAUCCUCUGAUAGCCAGCAACGUGGGGACCCACAGGAGACAAAUCACCGACCUGCUGGACCAGAGCAUCCAGGUGCACUCCCAGUGCUUCGUCAUCACCGCCGACAACCGCUUCAUCCUGGUGUGCGGCUUCUGGGACAAGAGCUUCCGCGUGUACUCCACAGACUCAGGGAAACUGACCCAGAUCGUGUUCGGGCACCGUGACGUGGUGACGUGCGUGGCGCGGUCCGAGUCCUACAUCGGGGGAGACUGCUAUGUCCUCUCCGGCUCCCGGGACGCCACCCUGCUGCUGUGGUACUGGAACGGCAAGACCUGCAGCAUCGGGGAGAGCCCAGGCAAGUUUGUGACUCCCAGAGCCAUCCUGACGGGCCAUGACUGCGAGAUCACCUGUGCCACAGUGUGUGCUGAGCUGGGCCUCGUCAUCAGCGGCUCCAAGGAGGGGCCCUGCCUGAUCCAUUCCAUGAAUGGGGACCUGUUGCGGACCCUCGAGGGCCCGGGGGGCUGCCUGCGGCCCAGACUCAUCCAGUCGUCCACCGAGGGCCACUGCAUGGUCUACUACCACCAGGGCCAGUUCUGCAUCUUCAGUGUCAACGGCAAGCUGCUGCGCCACAUGGAGGUGGACGAGAGCAUCAAGGCCAUGCUGUUGAGCCGGGACGGACAGUACCUGCUAACGGGGGGCGAUGGAGGGGUGCUGACUGUGUGGCAGGUCCAUGACCUCAGACAGCUGUUCACCUACCCUGGCUGUGACGCAGGGAUCCGCUCCAUGGCUAUGUCACAUGACCAAAGGUGCAUAAUCACAGGCAUGGCCUCUGGAAGCAUAGUGCUGUUCUACAAUGACUUCAACAGAUGGCACCAUGAAUACCAGACCCGCUACUGAGGCCACGCCCAGAAGGAAGGAAGGAAGGAAGGAAAGGGGUCGCCGUGGGAACGGAGGCGGAGCCCCAUCUGCAAUCCUGCCAUUUUGUCAUUAGAGGCACUACUAUGUUAUACAUACUGAAGUCUGAAUGUAACUUAUAUAAUAUGAAAAAGAAGCAAACCUAUUUUUAAAUGCUCAUUGCUAUAUUUUGUAGAUCUUACUGAAUUUCGUAUGAUGUUCAAUGUCGGGGCUGGGUUAUAUAGCUGCGGGGGGUCCAAGAGGACAAACGGUCUAUUUUUAGCUGCAAAAGUCUAUUUUCAGCUCUGCGCUGCAAUGAAAAUGAGGGUUCGAGUGGUCAGAUAGCUAAUUAUAUUUGCAUUGAUUGUCUUAAAAAAAAAAAAAGCUUAUAUUUGUGUACUUCAGGGGGAGUGGUUUUAUUAUGUCUGAUCACGGAAAUGAAGGCUUCGCGUUUGUGUUUGAUCAUUGGAUUUUUUUUCGUGGGUUCUCUGCUACCUUACGUACUACUGAAGACACCUGAGGAGGAGCUGCACGCAGCCUGUCAGGUGAUAUACACUGUAUGGCUGCUCUCUUGUCAAAAGAGUGCAAAAGAGCACCUCCAAAAAAUAUGGCUGACAAGGGAUUUAUUCUGUUUUGCAUAUCUAUUUUGCUUCAACCUCAGUUUUCCCUUUUGUAUUUUUUAUAUAUAUAUUUAUCUUGCAUUUCUAUUCUUGAUAUGUUCCUCAGAAGGUAAUCGAUGUUUCUGAAGAGGUGAUUUGGAAACGCUUGUCUGUUGGAGGGGCAGUCCGAUAUUACUAGCACAUGAGUGAGAAGCUACUGAUUCUGAUUAUGGUGCAGUAUAUAUUUAUAUAUACAGAUAUAUAUGGACCUGUGGUAAAAGGUAUACACCAGUAACCAUAAUGCAAACAAAUCCAUGAAAGAGGAUUUUGUUAUGGCCUGAAAGAGAGUGGUGUUCUCUGUAUGAGCCUUGUGUGAGUUCUCGUUGUUAUCUCCCUCAUUUCAGCCGGCCCUUUCAUCUCUGCAUUCAGUGAUGUCUUGUGAAUCUAGCGUGUGAGCUGUAGCAGCAGGCUAGGGCAUCGCUAGUUUGGCUCAGUCUGAGUAGAAGGAUCUUUCAGCAGCUUCAACAAUCAACGAGAUGUCUGAGUUAGGCCUUAAUGUUCUCUCUGUGGCGCUUAGAAAGGGGGAAGAGAGAGGUGUCGCGAAAUCUGUGCUUACUGAAUCAAUGUCUCUGUAUCCCAUUCUGACUGGAUGCUUAAUUGUUACAUAUCAGAGUAAGCGAUGGCCGGGUGAGGCUUCACGCACAGUGCCGUUAUAAUGUGAAAUCAGCCGAUCAGAGCACUUUGCUGGGGAAGCGCAGAGCGUCCUGAUUGGUUUGUGAAGCCCCGCCUUCUCAUCGUAGGCUGAUGAAAACAAUCCAGCCGGUUUCUGUUAAUGGCGGGGUGUGUGGACAGGACUGCAGUGACCCCCGAGGUGCAAUCCGCGGGCAGAGGGGCAAUGUGGCACCCCUGAGCUCCCACUGAACGGUCGCCUCUUCCGGAGGUGGAGCCCACAGCAGUGUUUCAGAAAGCAAGGAAAUGCACAAACGCUCGUCCGGUUCCCAGCUGUGUUUAAACGAAUAUUGUUUAAAUCGCUAACCUUAUGUUAGAGGGUUUAACUCAACUCUGCGUUGAGUGAUGGUUAUGCAGACUACCAAACUCAUCCGGUGCAGUUUCAGUUCUCUCCAGCACCUUUGCAACUUCCGACCGACCGUAUCUAUGUACCGACCCGUUUGGGUAGAGCACAGUACACAGUGGCUACAGUAAAGACCCCUGUGUCACGCUGCACUGUUGAACGUCCCUCAAAAUUACUGUAUUUUUAUCUACCAUCCGAUAUUUUGGUAACUGAUUUUGGAA